UUAAUUAAUCUAAAAAACUUUCCGACAAUUUUCUUGGUUAACCACGAGAGAAUAUCAAUGUCGUUCCUCCCCGAUGAGAUCUGGAGCAAGAUCCUGGAAAUGGGGGCGGCAGCUAACCGCUUAAGCUACCGCGAUCUCUGCUCGCUGGCCAUAACCUGCCGCCGCCAUAACCGCCUCUCCAGCGACCCUUCUAUCUGGUCUAUCCUUCUAGCCCUAGAUUUUCCCCAACCAAUUUCCUCCUCCUCAUCCCUGCCGGUACCUUCUAAAUCCCUCUACAGAACCAGGUUUGAGAGGGAUAAGGCGCGAAGGAUUGCUGCGUCGAGACGUGCCAUUCUAAUUGCAGAGAGCCAGGUAUCUGUUUGCAAGGGAAGGCUGAAGGAGUUGGAGUGCCAGUUGCGGAAGGAGGGUGAGAGGAUGAAGGGGGCAUUAGAAGAACUAAGCAACUUGGAGAGGAUCAGGCGAGCCUCUGUUGCUUUAAAUGUCUGGCAGCCAGAAUUAGUUCGUGGAAGCCAAAGGCAGAUGGUGGAGCAAUGCACUGUUCCUAUCGAGUCUCGCCUCAGCAACCUUAAGAUGGAAGUUAAUCUUUGUAAACAUCAGAUUUCGAUUUUCAAGAAUGCUUAUAACGAGCAGAAGCAAAGACUCCAGAAAAGUAAAGAAGCCUUGUCCUCUCAGCAAUAUAACCCUCUUGAAGCUUAUCAUUCAAAUGUAUCUCGAACAGAUUCUGGCACUAAGAGGAAGAAGUUGACAUAGUGGAUGCUCAGCCUCCCUUCAUGAUGAAUUAAUUUUGUGCGGACGUCAAAUGCCGUCCAAAGGCUAAUGAAAAAUGCACCAUGUCAC